UUCCUGAUUUCAGUGAUGGCGGCUGCUGAUCUGAGAGACGAGCUGAGCUGCUCCAUCUGUACGAGCAUUUAUACUGAUCCUGUAUCCCUGCCGUGUGGCCAUAACUUCUGCCAGGGCUGUAUUGAGAGAACAUGGGACAUCCAGGAGGAAACUUUCCUUGAAAAUCCUUCCUGCCCUGAAUGUAGAAAGAGAUUUAGUAGGAGUAGGAGACCGGAACUGACAACAGACUGGAAGCUGCGUGACCUGGUGGAGAGAUUCUGUCCUACUGAGACAGAGCCGGGGGAGACUGGGAUCUUCUGCACCUACUGUGUCCUCUCUCCUGUACCUGCUGCUAAAUCCUGUCUCCUGUGUGAGGCUUCUCUGUGUGAUACCCACCUGAGGGGGCACAGCAAGUCAGCAGAACAUGUACUGACCCAACCCACCAACUCCUUUAUGGGGAGAAAAUGUUCUGUACAUCACAAGGUUCUGGAGUAUUACUGCUGUGAGGAGUCUGUCUGUGUCUGUGUGUCCUGCUGUCUGGCCGGAGAGCACAGGGGCCACAGGGUGGAGCUGCUGAGUGAGGCCUCUGAGAAGAAGAAAGAGACACUGAGGAAAGUUGUGGAGAAACUGAGGCCAGAGAGAGAGGAGACUGAGAGAGGAGCCCAGAGACUGCAGGAGCGCAGGAGAGAAGUGGCAGAAAAAGCAGCCGGUGAGACAGAGAGAGUCACUGCCCUGUUUAGAGACAUCAGGGAACAGCUGGAAGCCCUAGAGAAGCGACUCCUGAGUGACAUCUCCAGCCAGAAAGAGAAGCUCUCACUCCCACUCACUGAUCUGAUGGAGCAGCUGGAAAUAAAGAAGGACGAGCUGUCCAGGAAGAUCCGUCACAUUGAGGAGCUGUGCAACAUGGCAGAUCCACUCACUGUCCUACAGGAACGGGAAUCACAUGGAGCUGCAGAUAAUGAGGGGGGCAGAGAGAGACAUGAUAUAAAGGUCCCUGCUGUAGGGGAUCUGGAUGUGGAUCUGAUCUCAGAGACAUUACUCACAGGCUUAGCUGCCAUUGUGACUGGGGUAAAGGGAAGGUGGAUCUAUGGGCAGGAGGCUACAGACCUGUUACUGGAUAUAAACACGGCUGGGAAUCUUGUAUCUGUAUCAGGGGACAGGAAAUCUGCUUCCUACUCACUCAUAUACCGGUGUCACCCACAAACCACAGAGAGAUUUCAGGUUUAUCCUCAGACUUUAAGCAGCAGGAGUUUCCUCUCAGGGCGACAUUACUGGGAAGUGGAGGGCAGUGAAUUAGGGGGCUGGGGGGUAGGGGUGGCCUAUCCCAGUAUAGAGAGGAGAGGGGGUCAGUCCGGCAUUGGGAAUAAUAACAAGUCCUGGUGUUUGUGGAGAUGGAAUAAUAAAUAUACAGUGAGACAUGACAGUAAAGACACAGAGUUACCCCACGUCUCUUCCUGCAGGAGAAUCAGGAUCUCAUUGGACUAUGAGGCCGGACGUCUGUCCUUUUAUGAGCUGAGUGAGCCAAUCAGACACUUACACACCUUCACUGCCACAUUCACUGAGCCCCUUCAUGCUGCAUUCUGGGUAUGGGGGGAUGAUGAUGAUGAUGGUGCCUGGGUGAGAAUCAUUAGUUAGGGAACUGCCCAAUAUUAAAGGGAUUGUUCACCUUCCAAACACUUUUUUCAAUUCAGUUGUUUUUAGAUUGUUCUCCAGAAAUAAAGACUUUUUUCAAUUACUUUCCAUUACCGUAUAUACUCGAGUAUAAGCCGAGUUUUUUAGCCCCCAAAAUAUGCUGAAAAACUCUACCUCGGCUUAAACUCGGGUCAAACGCGAAAACGAACGCUGGCAUCUAAGAAUAGUCGCUGGCGUCCAAGAAUAGUCUCCAAGAAUGUUCGACAGCGUCCAAGAAUGGUCGCCGGCAUCCAAAAACGAGACGUCGGCACCUACAAUGGGGGCAGAACCCCUCAAUUUUUUGAUUGAAACUUACCAGAAGCUGCUGCAUUUCUCACCCUAGGCUUAUA